UUCCACGUUCAUCUCAGCCGUUACGGCACAGCUGUCGAAGGAAGCGAAAGUCCUGUCAGAAUCCAGCACGGAGGCAUUCAAAACGUACCUGGAACGAUGGACUGAUCGCGAUCUGAAAACUCCAAGUGCAAUAGUCGUGGUAGCUACCGAGGAAGAUAUCAUCAAGACUGUCCAAUUAGCACUCAAGUACGAUGUCCCCUUCGUACCUAAAUCCGGCGGCCACUCCUCUUGGUCCACUAUCGGACAAGAAGGUAUCAUCAUCGAUCUAAGCAACUACAACAAAAUAACCAUCGACAAGUCUGCCCAAACGGUCACUAUUCAAUCUGGAGUCGUCAACAAACAACUCAUUGGUGCACUCCACGAAAAUGAUUUAUGUCUCCAACUCCCAACAUACACAACAAUCCAGCUCUUGGAGGCGGCAACACAAUCGGCUCCGUCCCACAAGCCCUCGGCGGCGGUCUCUGCGCUCUCUCCAAACUCUGCGGCAACACAUCAGACAGCAUCCUCUCCUCCCGCCUCAUCACCUCCACAGGCGACCUCAUCACCGUCGACGAUAGCACCCCCGACCUCUGCUGGGCACUCAAAGGCGCCGGGCAAUACUUCGGCCUCACCACCUCACUCACUCUCCAAGCCUACCCAAUAUCCACACUCGGAUCAGAAGACGGCACACUCUGGACAGGAACGUUUAUAUUCGAAGUUGACAAAUUUGCGUCUUUGGCAUCCGUAGCAGCUAAACUCAUGGACGAUGAAACUCACAACUCCGCUAACAUCGCAGUCAUAACCCCAAGCCCGCAAACCGGGUCACCCUGCCUCCUCGUCAUGGUCCUCUAUUUCGGGUCUACUACCCAAGCAGAGUCCUUCACUGCACCAAUCAAAACUCUCUCUCCUCUAGUAGCCAUGGAAAAUAGGGUCAAGUACAGUGAGAUCAAUGAUGGGAUGGAUGCAUUCUGUGCGAAGGGGGGGUUCAAGAGGUUUAAAAUGCUGGGAGCGGAGAGGUUUGAUCCUGAGCCAUGGGGAGAGGUAGCGAGUGUGUUUGUGGAGUUGAAAGAGAAGUGCGAGGAUGUUGUGAGUGGUGGCUAUGGGUUUGAGUGGGUUACGGGGAAGAAGGAGAAGAGUAAAGAGGAUUCGGCUUGGGCACACAAGGAGGUGAAGGCUUGGGUAGAGACUCUCUCAUGGCACACCUCCGCCUCAUCCAUCCCCGCCGUCGACGCCGCUACCGAGAAAGCCCUCUCCAUCGCAACGCGGAGUUUCAAGCCAGAGGAACUCCACACUUACCAGAAUUUCUCUCGGGAUACAAGUCUAGUCAGUAGAUUUGGCAGUCAGGAACGAGUAGAAAAGUUACAAGCUUUGAAGAGGAAGUGGGAUCCUAAAGGGGUGUUUACAGAUGUGUUGCUGUAAUGUUGAUAUUCCGAGAAAUCACAUUGAGGAG